CUCAGCCUCCGCCAGGAACGCGUCCCGGGCCGGCCCGCCGCCGCUGUCGCUGCCGCCUGCCCGCCCGGCGCCCCCGACCCGAAGGUGGGGGACAGACCGGGCCCCGCGGGCGUCGCCUCAGCCCGCCGCCGCCGCCUCCCGUCACUGGAGCUGCGGCCGCUGCGACUCCGGCGAGCGCGGCCGGAGCGCAGAUUUGAUAAUGGGCUGCAUUAAAAGUAAGGAAGACAAAAGUCCAGCCAUUAAAUACAGAACUGAGAACACCCCAGAACCGAUCAGUGCUGGUGUCAGCCAGUAUGGGGCAGAACACCCUGCAGUGACGCCAUCGUCUUCAGUGAAGGGCUCCUCUGCGAACUUCAGCAGUCUCUCCAUCACACCCUUCGGGGGAUCCUCAGGGGUGACUCCUUUUGGGGGAGCAUCGUCUUCAUUCUCAGUGGUGCCAAGUUCAUACCCUGCUAGUUUAACAGGUGGUGUUACUAUAUUUGUGGCCUUAUAUGAUUAUGAAGCUAGAACUACAGAAGACCUUUCAUUUAAGAAGGGCGAGAGAUUUCAAAUCAUUAACAAUACGGAAGGAGACUGGUGGGAAGCGCGGUCGAUCGCCACAGGAAAGAACGGUUACAUCCCCAGCAAUUACGUGGCGCCUGCAGAUUCCAUUCAGGCAGAAGAAUGGUAUUUUGGCAAAAUGGGGAGAAAAGAUGCUGAACGAUUACUUCUGAAUCCUGGGAAUCAACAAGGCAUAUUCUUAGUAAGAGAAAGUGAAACUACUAAAGGUGCUUACUCCCUCUCUAUCCGUGAUUGGGAUGAAGUAAGGGGCGACAAUGUGAAACACUACAAAAUUAGGAAACUUGACAAUGGUGGAUACUACAUCACAACCAGAGCACAAUUCGAUACACUGCAGAAACUGGUAAAACACUACACAGAACAUGCUGAUGGUUUGUGCCACAAGUUAACAACUGUGUGUCCAACUGUGAAACCCCAGACUCAAGGUCUGGCAAAAGAUGCUUGGGAAAUCCCUCGGGAAUCUCUGCGACUAGAGGUUAAAUUAGGACAAGGAUGCUUCGGUGAAGUAUGGAUGGGAACCUGGAAUGGAACCACAAAAGUAGCAAUCAAAACACUAAAGCCAGGGACAAUGAUGCCAGAAGCUUUUCUUCAAGAAGCACAGAUAAUGAAAAAGCUGAGACAUGAUAAACUUGUUCCACUCUACGCUGUUGUUUCUGAAGAGCCCAUUUACAUCGUCACUGAGUUCAUGUCCAAAGGAAGCUUACUAGAUUUCCUCAAAGAAGGAGAUGGAAAGUAUUUGAAGCUUCCACAGCUGGUCGACAUGGCUGCUCAGAUUGCCGAUGGUAUGGCAUAUAUUGAAAGAAUGAACUAUAUCCACCGAGAUCUUCGGGCUGCUAAUAUUCUUGUAGGAGAAAACCUUGUGUGCAAAAUAGCAGAUUUUGGUUUAGCAAGAUUAAUUGAAGACAAUGAAUACACUGCAAGACAAGGUGCAAAAUUUCCAAUCAAAUGGACAGCUCCUGAGGCAGCACUUUAUGGUCGAUUUACAAUAAAGUCUGAUGUAUGGUCCUUUGGAAUUCUACAGACAGAACUUGUAACAAAGGGGAGAGUGCCCUAUCCAGGUAUGGUAAACCGCGAGGUGCUGGAACAGGUGGAGCGGGGAUACAGGAUGCCCUGCCCUCAGGGCUGCCCAGAAUCACUCCAUGAAUUGAUGAACCUUUGCUGGAAGAAGGACCCUGAUGAAAGACCAACGUUUGAAUAUAUUCAGUCCUUCUUGGAAGACUACUUCACUGCUACAGAGCCACAGUACCAGCCAGGAGAAAACUUAUAAUCCAGAUAGCCUAUUUUCUAUGCACAGAUCUGCCAAAAGUUAAAGAACUUGUGUAGAGUUCCUCGUGUACAGGAAUCAAAAGAAGGAAGUCUUCUUCACUCUGCAUGUUUUUAAUGGUAAACUGGAAUUCCAGGUAUGGUUGCACAAAACCACUUUUUUUUCUCCAAGUGUUAAAAUACCAAUGAUGAAUUUUCCAAUUUAUUUCAGGGUCCAAAGAAAGGAGAGCUAAGAUACUAGUAGAGAAGAGCAGCAAGGCUACUGUUUUAAAUCAUUUCCUUUCUUUCCCAAACUCAGAUUUCUGUAAUAAAAAUUUUCUCAUAAUUUUAAGAGAAAUAUUUAUUAAUGUAGACAAAACUUCGGAGUUAAAAAGUUACACCAUUAAUAAAAUUUAAAGGAACUCAUAGGACCAAAUAAUCCCAUUCCAGUUUUUUUUUUUUUUUAAAUCUUGCAUUAGUUACUCUCAGAAGGUUUUUUUUCCCGUGUGAAACAGUCAAUCUGCAAUCUUAACAUACACUUCCUUUUGUGUGGAAAUGGGCCAGGCUUUUCAAAAGCGAAAUAAAAACAAAAAGGAUUUUAAGCAGGAUUUAAAACUUGACUAUUAGACCACACCAGUGGUGUUUGAAAGUAUAAUGCACUAUGUUUAUACUCAUAUUCUUGGAACUGGAAAGUAGAAAAAGAAAUUUUUCACUACUGUCAUUUUCUGAGUAGUUCAGUUUAGAAUAAUGAAGGUAACUUGAAAAGUGAGUUAAUCUUUUAUAAGAUCAUAUUGAUUUUCUUAAAAGGCAGUAUAUAAUUGAAACUGUACUGUCCAAUCCAAGGGGAAAGACUUUUAAUCUUUAGAUGGCAUGAAAAGUAAGACCCAGCAUUUAAGCAGUCCGUCUUUUAAAAAUAGACUUGGUACUGUGAGGUGUUGCUGUUGUGUUCUUAUGGUAACGGGUGCCACAGACAGAAAAUAUCACUAGAUCAGGGACUGGAAUGCACUUUGCUUGUUUUGAAUAUAGACUAAGAGAGUGGAAAAACAUAUUUAAAAGAAAGUGUGAAAAUUUUACAAGUAGAGGGAUGGAAUAUAAUGUUUAAUGUUGAUGUCAUGGAGGGAUAAAUGGCUUUGCUGGCACUCAAAGCUUCUCACUUAGUUGUUUUCUGAAACUUUAAAAAUUACAAUAUAUGUCUGUAAAACUAACUUCCCUUAACAUACACACUAAAUGAGUGUUAUAUCCUCAAAAUAGUGAAGUUAAGGCUUCACACUAAUUCCAGUGAUAAUCAGCUAUUACGCAAAUCUUUUUAGAACUCCUAUUUUCAAACCCAUGUUUGAAUUGUCAUUCCCUUUUAAAAUAUACUUAAUGGUUGUUAUUUUUCCCUUUAGGAGUAUAGUUGAUUUGGGGAGGAAAACUUACUCAGAAUAAUAAUAGUAGUUCAAACACACAGCAGUUUUUGACCAUUCGAAGUAUAAAGUGAAACAUACAGUAUAAAGCUAAUUUUUUCAGCUAAUGCAGAAAGAAAUUCCGGAGUGUAAAUUUGAAUAACAGCUUUACUGAUUUAAGAGUCUGGCAAAGAAAAAUUGAAUUUGAUAAAUAAAAGUCUAGUGUUUGUGUUUUUAGGAACAGUUGUGUAAUCACACUUUAAAGCAUUAUGUAAGGUUCCUGUAUUUUCAGCAUAUAAUUUUUAACUCAUCUGAGUUAAUCAUGAAAUUAAAAAUUCUGUGCCAUGGUGUAUAUUUUCAAAUUCAGGCCAUUUUAAAAUGUGACAAGUGAACUUCAUGCAAGUUGGCAAAAAUACUGGUACUAGAAAUUACGGUUGUUUCCUCUGUUUACAUAACCUGUUUAGUAUUGAGGCCCUUGACUGGCCCUUGACCAAGAGGGCUUUCUGAAGAAGAGUGCCGUCAUGAUUUAUCCUAACACAGACAACCUGUGACAAGAGUUUUUAAAGGGCUUUAUGUGCACUAUGAUUUUGUAAUUUUUCUAAGCAUCUUCAAGGGGGUAGCAAAAUUACGUUCAUUUACUAAUUCUAAUCAGAAAAAAAGCCAGGAAAAUUGAUGGUGUUCAUUAGAUUUUAACUGAAUGGAGCAGUUCCUUCUAAACACAAUUGUAUAGUAAGAAUAAAGCACUAACUUAAUGUGUAUUCAUUUUUAAUUGUUAUGUAUUUUUAAAUAGCCAAGAAAAAUAAAGCAUUUUGUAUAUUUGAAGCAUUUCAUCUUCAGUUCUUAAUGUGGAACUUAACCCUUACCAAAAAUGGAAGUUGGUAAAGACAGCCUUCUAGCACAAACACUUUUUUAAUGAACAAUGAUAGCCUAAAACUUACUAUUUUUAUAAAGUACUAUAUUGUUUUGUGGAUAAUUGAAAUAAAAUUUCUCAUUUGAAUGUA